AUGUGGGAGGGAAAAUGGACGUUGCUAGAGGAUCUAAAACUUCCGCUCUCUUACUGUAUACGUUUCAUUAAACUAGAACUAAUAAUUAUUCCAGUGCCAAAACCACAAAUCCAACAAGUUGAAUACAAACAUUCGCCACAACCCUAUAAAUUUAUUGAGCUUAAUGACAAAGUAAUCUGCAACAGAGAAACAAAACAAUGUUCAAUAAAAUUCAAAAAUUUGGAUCCUAAUUACGAUCAUAUCCUCUAUACUGCAAAGAAUGACAAUGGGAGAGGAGAUAAAGUAAAGUUAACUGAAGUUGCAAAAAUAGAUCCGGACAAGUGUGAUUUUGACAAGAAUGUAAAACCGGAAGUAGAUGGAGAAGAAAUUUGUAAACAGAUUGUCAAAGGAAUUGAUGAGAACUCAAAAGCUGAAACUAUUGAGGUUGACAGCGGAGAAAUAAUAUUUGGUUCGGAAUCAGAUGGAACGGAGGAUUAUGCGAUAGUUGAAGAAGCCAAACAUGAGAACGAACAUAAAAAUCAACAAGAGCUAGAGCAUGUUCAUAUCGCUGGGCCAAGGGAACAGCCAGUUGAACACAAUCAGCCAACUAUAAAAAAUCCGACAGUUACAAAAGUUGAACCAGUUAACGAAUAUCAACAUAAACUAGAAGAGCGCGUUAAAAAACUGGGAAUAAUUGACUUUAAACAUGGAGAUUUAUACGGAAAGAAUCACCAACGUGCUAUGAGUAAUCCCACUGUCAACGAAGAUGAAAAGGCUAAGAGACUUGAAAAGCUCCUUGGAACACUAGAAGACCAUAAGCAUCCAUCGCUAGUUGAUAAAUUCAAAAAAGGUUUAUUCUCUCUAAUACGUCUCAAUUUUCGCAAUUUAAGAAAAAGGAAACUUUAA